AAUGUGAAUAAUUCAAGCAUUGAGACCAUUAAUAUUGAAUUGGUCCACACAAACGAUGUGAAAAUCAUCGAAAGUCCUGGUUUUCCGACUAAACCCUACCCUAAAGACUAUAAAAUAAACUAUGAACUUAAGGUGAACCUAAGCGAGAACAUCGACCAGUUGUCAACUCGACUGAGGAUUAAAUUAGAAUAUAUAGCAAUCGAGCCAUUUUGUGGACUUCAUGCCGGAAAGACUAUGGUCUCUGACUCGAGUUCAGCCAGAAUUGAGUUCACCGGCAAUUCCUUCGGUCAGGACCGAGGCUUUCAGAUCAGGGCUGAACUCAUUGCCUCGAAAUGCUCGCAUAAAUUGGUCAAUCAAAAGGAAGGUGUAAUCCAAUCACCCAAUUAUCCCAACAAUUAUGGGGAGGAAGAGACCUGUGUCUGGGAUAUUGAGGAAGGUGUAAUCCAAUCACCCAAUUAUCCCAACAAUUAUGGGGAGGAAGAGACCUGUGUCUGGGAUAUUGAGGUUCCGAAAGGAAAGUAUAUUAAAUUGCUUUUUGACGACUCCUUUGCUAUCAAUGCCCCCAACGAUAUCUGCGCCGAGGAUUAUCUGCUUGUCAGCCAAAGUGGUGACUUGGAAACUGAUGUCCAAAGGUUUUGUGGUAAUCAAAAACCAGACGUUAUAAUAUCGGACUCCAACAGAAUGCUUAUUAAAUUCAACUCAAAUUCAGUGAACACUAGCAAAGGAUUUAGAGCUAAGUUUGUUGAACACGACAGACCCGAGGCGGCACCCGCUCGGCUCCCGGAGCUCACCCCUGAAGGCUGUCCCUGUGGCAAAGAAAACCUACGACUAACUAAGCGUAUCGUUGGCGGCCAACCAGUAAACCCUCCGCAUCGGUACCCAUGGAUGGUAUCCGUUGGCUCGAGUCGUGGAUCUCCUUUCUGUGGCGGCGCUCUUAUCAACAAUUAUUAUGUCGUAACAGCGGCUCACUGUGUCUACGAUGAAAUUCCUGACAGUAUUGCUGUACGUAUUGGUCAGUACAGCCUUCAAGAGCCCACACCUAACCUAAAGAUCUCCAAAAUAACAAUUCAUGAGAAAUACAACUCUGUGUCUCAAAAGGACGACAUCGCACUCCUAAGACUGUCCCAACCCAUUCAGUACACCGAUAACAUCGAACCCGUAUGUCUGCCACCCAGUGAUCUGAGUGACCCUGAUAACCUCAAGGUUGCCGGUUGGGGCCGUACUUCUGAAGGCGGACGAACCAGUUCCACAUUGAAUGAGAUCUCUUUACCUCAAUAUUCAUUUGCGAAAUGCGAAGACAAAUACAGUGGUCUCCUCACAAUCAACCAAUUAUGCGCCGGUGGUGUUAGUGGUCACGACACCUGUCAGGGAGAUUCGGGAGGACCCCUCACCUCUGUUGUCAAUGGUAGGGUUGAUAUCGUGGGUAUUGUCUCGUGGGGUAUUGGCUGUGCUCGCGACGACUAUCCGGGAGUCUAUACAAGAAUUACAUCAUAUCUGAAAUGGAUUGCAGACAAUACCAAAGAUGCGACCUAUUGUUUGGCAGUGAACUCGACCACAAGCCCAGCACUGGACCCACCCAUACAACCCAACUAUAAUAGCUGCGGAGUCCCUAACCUUAAACUAUCGAAACGAGUUGUCGGCGGAACUGAGACACAGCUACAAGAGUUUCCAUGGAUUGUGGUAAUCGCAUAUAACGGACAACUCAUAGGAACUGGAUCGUUAAUCGCUGGAAACGUUGUCCUCACUUCAGCCCUAAGACUCAAAGAAAUCGUUGACUCGACCUCUGGUGUACCGGACAUCAAAGUAAUAGUGGGCGCACACGAUGUCACCAAAACCGAGACCAAUAAACGUGUCUAUACUGUAAAUCAAGUGAUAUUUCACCCGAAGUUUCAGUACAACACCCCUCAGGACAACGACUUUGCCUUAUUAGAGCUGAAACCGGCAGCCGAUGGCUCUCUACCUAAGAACCGACCCAUUUGUUUGCCCCGAACUGACACCCCGUACAGUGUGGGCAGUCCUGUGGUCGGCGCCGGAUGGGGUCGUACCUCCACUAAUAGCGCCGGUAGUACUGUACUAAGGAAAGUGACCCUAUAUUUGUCAGACAGACAGAGGUGUAGCCAAACAUACCAAUACUCGGUCACCAAUUCUAUGAUCUGCGCCACAGCUGAUGGCAAAGACAUGUGUUUGGGAGACAAUGGGGCGCCUCUUAUGUCGUACUUCGAGGGACGCAUGUAUUUGUAUGGCAUCUACUCGUGGCAGUCGUCGGCAGGCUGUGCCACCGGAAGGCCCAGUGUUUUCGGUGACGUUAGAUAUACUCUCGAAUGGAUCAGAGAUGUGACCAAUAAUGCCAUACGAACCNUAUCCCUCGUCCUCUUGUCGAUAUUCCUCUGGCGCUUAUCGUUAGCUGUUUUCAUCCGAUUAUCCAACGACUCCUUCCUCUCCUCCCACUGUUUGGAGCUCUUCUUCUUCAUCUUCUCGCGUCGUUUCACUGACUUUUCGAUCAGUUUCGAGUUGUCCUUCACUUUGAUGCCCUCACUCUUCUCGAUGGCA